GUGAUGUUUUUUGCUUUCAGACUUUGUAAAAAUCAAUUUAUCCACAAAAUUAUGGUCUAUUUCUUUUAAAUCGAAUAGAAACAUCCAAUUUUAUACUCGGUACUAAACUGGUCAUCGGACUUAUCGGGCUUUGGGACGAAUAAUUCCAUCCGUGGAGAGGUACGGAUUGGGCAGGCGGGUAUGGGCCGAGAUCAAAUAGCAAUAUCGUGUUCGCCCAAAUUGGUCAGUGCGGAAUACGGGUCGUGGUAGUCCAAGAAACCAAACCCGCCUUUCCUUCUUCGCUCAUCCAUGGCUGGGCGCUACGGAUCGCUCUCCAGAUCUCUUCUCUCUACAGCAACCAGAACCUCCACUUUCCGCCGCUCGCAACCGGUCCUCUUUCAGCGCCUCCCGUCUCUCCGCUUCCUUUCCGGCAAUCUUCCCAGGAGUAGUCGGAUAUUAGGCUCUACACAAUCGCUGCUUCCUCUUCACGCGGCGGCUCUAUUGACUUCGCCCGCCUUAGUGGCGGCGCGAUGUAACUGCAAAUUGUCUCCGGCUGCCUUUUUCUGUCGCAAUUGUCCUGAUCGGUAGUUAUCAUCAAUCACCAUCAAAUAUCGGAAGUGUUGCCCUAGGAUCCCAUACAAGGUGCCACGGUCUCUUUUGAAUUCGCUUGCCACGACAUUUGUCUCACCUUCAUGAAACUCAUACAGAGUACGUUAUUUCAUACUCCGUAUGUUUUCUAAACUCAUCACAUUGAAUAUAUUCUCCAGCAUAAUUCAUUUACAAAUUUUCUUAGAAUGUAAUCAAGUUAUUAGAAACACUUUCAAAUGAAAAAGAACGAGUCCU